GUAUUUUAAAUUAGUCUAACACUAGACUUCAGCCCAAAAACACUGGUCUUAUAAGUUUCCAAUAAAACUUGAUACUAAAAAACAAUAAUGGCUCCUCCAUAUGUGUGUGUUACAGAUUUCGAGGAAAGAGCUCAUCAAACCAUAGAAAAAAAGGCUUUAGAUUAUUAUCGCAGUGGAGCUGGAGAACAAUUUAGCUUAAAUUUAAAUAGAGAAGCUUUUAGAAGGUUACGUAUACGUCCCCGUUGUUUGCGAGAUGUUUCACAAGUGGAUACUUCAUGUAGAAUAUUAGGCUGUGAUUUAAAAUGGCCGGUGGGUAUUGCACCAACAGCUAUGCAAAAGAUGGCUCAUUCAGAUGGUGAAGGUGGUAAUGCUAAAGCUGCUGGCGAAAUGGGUUCCAUUUUUAUACUAAGUACCUUGGCAACUAUGUCUAUUGAAGAAGUAGCACAAGCUGCUCCAUUUACUAAUAAGUGGUUUCAACUUUAUGUAUAUAAGGAUCGUUCCCUUACAGAACAACUUGUACGUCGUGCGGAAAAGUGCAAUUAUAAAGCUAUAGUUCUUACAGUAGAUGCCCCGAUAUUUGGCCAAAGAUGGUCUGACGUACGUAAUAACUUUAGUUUACCAUCACACCUGCGUUUGGCCAAUUUUCAAACGCAAUCCUCUCAAUCAGAUGGCGUUCAAAGUGAAGAGGGUACUUCGGGCAUUAACGAAUAUGUGUCCAGUCAAUUCGAUGCCACUCUCACUUGGAAAGAUGUCGAGUGGUUGGUUAAGCUUACCUAUCUGCCUGUGAUUGUUAAAGGUAUUCUUACCGCGGAAGAUGCAAUUCUGGCUCGUGAAUUUGGUUGCUCCGGCGUUAUUGUUUCCAAUCAUGGUGCUCGUCAGUUGGAUGGCGUACCGGCAGCUAUUGAAGCUUUACCGGAAGUCGUUAAGGCUGUGGGUGACGAUAUGGUCGUUAUGUUAGAUGGUGGUGUUCGCCAUGGCAACGAUGUUUUUAAAGCUUUGGCUUUGGGAGCUAAAAUGGUAUUUUUGGGACGCCCGGCUGUUUGGGGUUUAGGAUGUGGCGGUGAAGCUGGUGUCAAGGACAUGUUAACGGUGCUCAAAAAGGACAUGGAUAUAACAAUGGCAUUGGCUGGAUGUCAAAAAUUAAGUAAUAUAAAGGGAAAUAUGGUGGUUCAUGAAUCUGUAUAUGCAAAAUUGUAAAUUAGUAAUUAAAUAAAUAUUAAAAUAGUUUGUACAUGUAUUAAAA